CCUAAAGAAGUAUAACUUCAAAAAAAAAUGAUUUGAUUUUUGAUUCUAUCGUGCAGAUGAACGCAGAAGCCAAGAAGAAGGUGGACGUGUUAUCCGAAGAGCUGCUCCCGUAUAUAAUAGCCGAGCAGGAACGCCGUACCACUUUGUAUAAACGGGUCAUGACUGCCAUACAGAACGGGGAGAAAGGAGUUACCAUAGCCGAAAUACGGAACAAACCACCCCUCAUUAUAAGGAAGGGUCUAAUGUUCCGCUGCCCGAUGAACAGAGCCCCCAAGGAGCCCGACGGCUCCGGGAUAAUAAUGUGCGAGGACGACAUCGAGCCUUCUACCGUCAUGUUCGACUCAUGCUUGAGUGCAGAGGAUAAGGACCUCUACGUCGCUGACAAUAAGUAUUUCUUCUGUAACAGGCACAAGGUCGAAGGUCCCGAUCUACCUCGCAACGGCUCCACGGUGAUUGGAUGCGCCCCCAUGGAGAGAACUUCUUUGAACUACACCAGUGCGAAGUGUGCCUUGGAGGACACGGACGAUGUUGUGGUGCAUUACAGAUACUAUCCGGAUAGAACCUACAAGUUUGUGACAGAACUGGAUCCGGACAGAGAGGUGUGCGAACACUGGAACCCGUGUCAAAUAGGCUACAUCUACAGUUUGCCCUCUCCUGAUCAAGCCUUGCCAGCCAAUGAGCUCUGGCGUAAGUAUAACUUAAUAACUGUUUUUUAUUUUUUAGUUUUGUAUAAUAAUUGGUUGUAUCGUAACUGCUCUAUUGUAUUAGGUUAUACCUGUAAUGAUAGAUGUAAGUGAUUAUUAAAUAAAUAAAUCAUCAUCAUCAUCAUCAUCAUCAGCCUAU